GAUUCCCGGCUCCUCCCCUUCCGAAGAUAUAAAGCGGUCGCUGGGAAGGAAUCGCAGAGAACCAAGCAUCGUGACAGCCCAGCCCAGUCCAGACUAGCCGCGAUCCCCGAGAGCAUCAGCCGGACCGGAGCAGGGGCAUCGCCGCCGCGCAAGGCCGCGCGCGGCUUGGCAUCCCCCGGUCGCGGAGUAGGAGCAGGGCAAGGCGGCGCGGGCAGCGACCUCCAAAUUCCGGGGGCACAGUCGGGCAGGAGGAGAAGGAGGGCGGCGGAGAAGACCCGCCUCCGGCUUCCUUCCAAGGACCGCUCCUCCCGGCAUCUGCCCCGGCUGCCGGGUCGGGGAGAUGGCUACCAGCAAGGUCACCGGGCCCCUGCUGUUCUCCGUCAGCAUCGCGGCCAUCAGCUCUUUCCAGUUCGGCUACAACACAGGAGUCAUCAACGCCCCUGAGCUGAAAAUCCGGGACUUUCUCAAUGGCACCCUCAGCCGGCGCUCCGGCCAGUCCAUCUCGGAUUCGCUGCUCACCUCCCUGUGGUCUCUGUCGGUGGCCAUCUUCUCUGUGGGGGGCAUGAUCGGUUCCUUCUCUGUUGGCCUCUUCGUCAAUCGUUUUGGCAGGCGGAACUCCAUGUUGAUUGUGAACAUCCUGGCCAUCGUGGGUGGCUCCUUCAUGGGCUUCUCCAAGCUGGCACAGUCGGUGGAAAUGCUGAUUCUGGGGCGCCUCAUCAUCGGCCUGUUCUGUGGGCUCUGCACGGGCUUCGUGCCCAUGUACAUCGGCGAGAUCUCCCCCACCUCACUGCGUGGUGCCUUUGGCACACUCAACCAGCUGGGCAUCGUUGUGGGCAUCCUGGUGGCCCAGAUCUUCGGUUUGGAGGUCAUCAUGGGGACGGAUGCGCUGUGGCCACUGCUGCUGGGCUUCACCAUCAUCCCUGCCAUCCUGCAGUGCACCGCCCUGCCUUUCUGCCCCGAAAGCCCGCGCUUCCUGCUAAUCAACAAGAAGGAGGAGGCCAAGGCCCAACUGAUCCUGCAGCGGCUGUGGGGCACGCAGGACGUGAGCCAGGACAUCCAGGAGAUGAAGGAGGAGAGUGUCAAGAUGGCCCAGGAGAAGAAGGCGACGGUGCUGGAACUAUUCCGGGCACGCAACUACCGGCAGCCCAUCCUCAUCGCCAUCAUGCUCCAGCUGUCCCAGCAGCUCUCGGGAAUCAAUGCGGUCUUCUACUACUCUACUGGAAUCUUCACCGACGCUGGCGUCUCUGAGCCAAUCUACGCCACUAUUGGGGCAGGCGCGGUCAAUACGGUCUUCACUGUAGUGUCGCUGUUCCUGGUGGAGCGGGCCGGGCGGAGGACGCUGCACCUGGUGGGGCUGGGGGGCAUGGCCGGCUGCGCUCUCCUCAUGACCAUCGCAUUGUCCUUGAAGGAUCAGCACACAUGGAUGAGUUACAUUUGCAUCGUGGCCAUCUUUGGCUUUGUGGCGUUCUUCGAGAUCGGGCCGGGGCCCAUCCCCUGGUUCAUCGUGGCCGAGCUGUUCAGCCAGGGGCCCCGCCCAGCUGCCAUGGCUGUGGCCGGCUGCUCCAACUGGACCUCCAACUUCUUGGUGGGAAUGCUGUUCCCUUUGGCUGCGGAUUACUUGAAAGCCUACGUCUUUGUUAUCUUCAUUGUCUUCCUCCUCAUCUUCUUCAUCUUCACCUUCUUCAAAGUCCCGGAGACCAGAGGCCGAACUUUUGAAGACAUCUCCCGGGGCUUUGAGGGGUCCCCCAAGGAGAGCGCCAGUACACCCACUCUGCUGGCGGAGAAGGGGCCCAUCGUGGAGCUCAACAGCUCAACAGAGCCGGUCAAAGACGCCACAUCCAGCGUCUAAAGCCCCACUUCCUUCCCCCUGCCCCUCAUGGAAAAAAUACCAGCCCGAGCCCAGCCUUGGGGGGGAUUGGGGGGGGGGGGGGACUGGGAGACCGGGGUUAUGGGGAGGCGGCGCCUCUUGGGACACAUCUAGGGGACACAUCUGGGACCGUUUUCUGAUUGCUGCUACUGUAUUUGUUCCUUUCUCUCCUCACUGGCCUGACCCCUACCCUGCUCUUCCAACUCCAGCUCCUUCUUCCUCCUCCUUCCGGCUUGCUGGGGUAGAACCCAGGACCAGCCCCUUUUUCACCAGCUUUUUUUAUCCAUUGUAUUUGUGGGGUCCCGCACCUUCUGCGCAGGGGAGAGGGUGGACUGGUUGAUUCUGGAGGGCAUCGCCUGGGUUCUGAGCCCCAGACCCUCCCCUUGAGCACCAGAUGGGCGCUGGGAAGAGAUGGGGAGGGACCACCAGCCAGACCUGGGAGGAGACCCAGAAGGGAUGGGAGGAAGAGGGGAAUCUGCACAGCACCUUCCUCACUCUCCUGAGCCCAUCGACUUGACUUUAUUUAUUUUGCCUGCAGGUGUUAUAUCAUAAAUAUUUAUUUUUUUAAGUGUAAAAAAAAUUGUACAAGAAUAAUGAGACAGCUAGGGAGGGGCGAGGUGCAAGGGAAUCCUGGGGAAGAUGCAAUAAGGCUGGAAGGAUUUUAAUUUACUCCCACAGUUGGGGCUGUGCAUCCUGGUAGGAGUCCAGUGGCCCCUGAAGUUUGCAUAUUAACUUUUUAAGAGUCAUUUCUGCCUGCUAGGUGGAAAAUGGAAAGCUUAAUUGGAAGAUUGUGGGUUGGGGUUGUGUAGGGGGUUGAGGGUUUCUGCAAAAUCUACUGUUUCUUUCCAUAUUUUUUCCCUUACUGGUUAGAUAAGUGACAAUGGCAGGUUUUACUUGAAGGCUGCAGAGGGCUCCCGGGAGAGGAAUUUGGGGCCAGAGCGAGAAGCCUGAGGCCCAACCUCCUCGACCCCCCAGGCUGCUUUGGGCUUCUCUUUUUUUUAUCUAGAGAGCCAAGCUAGGAACAGUGUCGGUGGGUUCCACCUCCGAUUGUCUCCUAAUGGUUACUUAGAAAUUUCUUACAGCGGUUAAUUUUUCCAAUUAAAGGCAAAGUGUAUGACCUCUCAGUCAGUGCCUGCCCUCAGGGCUGGCACUGAAUGGGAGGUGGAUGCGAUUACGGUUAAGGGUAGGAAUGGGGUCUGCCAGGCGUCUUUGGGGUGGAAGAAAGGUAAUCCAGCCAGAGACCUUGGUUUUGGGAAGGUGGCGCUGCCCUGAGCUGUUUUAAUUUGGGUCCUUGGAGCAGGGAGAAGGGAUAGGCAGCUUGCCUCCGUGUGUAUGAGUGUGUGUGUGUGUGUGUGUGUGUGUGUCUGUGUUACAGCCCAUUGGGGACAGUGUGGAUGUGUGUGCCGUGUCACUGGUGUCAUAGGCCCCCCCCCCAUCGGGUGCUCCUCGAAAUAGCCAACAUCCCUGUAUUUUCCGUUGAUCCGUGGCACUGCUGCGGCAAUGGUGGGGUGUCAGACUUGUAUAUUGUCCACUAACUCCCCAUGUGGGCAACACUGCCCUCUCCUGGAGAGCACCAAUUCCCCCGACCCUAGGCCUGCUGGCCGACAGUGACCUUUUGGCUCCUGCGGGGCCAGCGGGGACGGAGCAACUAAUGGAGGGGGCGCGCCUCGAUCCCGGGGACAGGGUUGGACGAGGGUGGAGAGGCCCGGGGGAUGUGACCCCCUUUUUAUGCCUACCUCGUCUGGAGAGUAGGUGGGUUUGAGGUCUCCCUCCUCCAGAGGGUACCCACCCCGUUUCCCUCAGCGUCCCACCUUGGUGCUUAACACCCUCCUGCCCUUCCAGGCAACCCUUGCCAGUUCCAGUAUUUUGUGUUCCGUGUUCUGGUCCAGGUCCCUUUGGGUGAGGGGGUGAACCCACUGGAGUAGGGGUGAGGGACUCUCCUUCCCUCGGUCUGGCUCUACCCUGCUCUGCCUUAUGCCUCACCUCAGGGCGCGUGGAUCUGUGGGGCCAGGCCAGGAGCUCUGAAUGGGUUUUCUAUGCUUAUGAAUAUGUGACCGUGGUUCUGUGUUUUUAAAUAAAAAGUCUAGAUGUAAAUAUGACUA